AUGUCUCAUCAGCGCUCCCCCCCACCUACCUCACCCGCUCUCGCGACCGGCCCCACGCUCUAUGAGGUAUGUGCUCCUGAAAUAUGUGAAUCGGAUACUGCAUCUGAGAGAAGCUGUAGCAGAAAUGUCAGCGUUAGAAAUAAACGUAGACAUGGUGAUGAUGACAUCAAGGAACUCAAGGGGUUGAUCUCGUCUCUGACAUCUAAGGUAGACCAAAGCUUUCUGGAACUCAAACAGAAAAAUACAGAACUUAAAGAAAGUCUACAGUUUAUGUCAGACAAAUAUGAUUUAAUUCUCAAAACACUUCAAAACCUACAGGAAGAGAGAGCAGACGAUAAGAAGACCAUUCAAAAAUUAGAAGAAAAGAUUGAAUUCCUUGAGCGUAAAAAUAGGUCGACUAGCUUGGAGAUAAGAAAUAUACCAAUCUGCUUGCAAGAUGACAAGAAAUUCGAGUCGAAAGAAGAUGCAAGUUUGAUAGUAAAAACCUUGGCGAAAGCUGUCGAGGUAGAUAUCCAAGACUGUGACAUAAAAGAUAUAUACAGAAUCCAAACAAACAGAGAAGGCAGUAAACCCAUUAUAGUUGAACUGAACAGUGUCCUAAAAAAGGACAAAAUAGUGCUAGGGGUCAAGAAUUACAAUAGGAAGAAACCAAAUGAAGAUAAAUUAAAUACUAGACACCUCAAUAUACCCGGACCUGUCAAACCUGUGUACAUAUCAGAAGCCCUAACACCUAACGCGCAGAAACUAUUCUAUGCAGCUCGACAGUUUGCAAGGGAAAAUGGGUACAUGUACUGCUGGACCUCCCAUGGGUCUGUAUUCCUGCGUAAAGCUGAAGGUGAGCCUCAAACUCGAAUCGAAUCUGCAAUAAAUCUGAAACUCUUAGCUAAAAAAUGA